UGGGGGUCAUGGAUUCUCUCUCUCGCUUUCUCUCUCCUCUCUCUCUCUGGCUUUCAAAUUCAAUCUUUCUUGCUAUAGUACGUGUUUGCGUUCUGCUCUGAUCUGACGUGAAAGAAGGAGUAGAAGAAAACACGCAGGGAAAAGUGACGUGAGGAGGGGGGUUUACAAAAGGGAUUCGUGUGAAACGGUGAAAAGGGUCUUGUCAUUUGUUGAUCUGCUAGUUCGGAAUGGAACGAUGAGCAUGUCGUUCGUACAUGUCUUGGAACCCAACAUGUUGGAUCGGUUGAACAAAAAGGUUUCUUCGUAAUUGUGUUGUCCAUGAGUCAAGAACAGAAGAGAGGGAAGCAGGAGAAAGGCUCGGAUGGAGCUGAGAAGGUUGUCGUUGCGGUUAAGGCAUCGAAGGAAAUUCCCAAGACAGCUCUGGUGUGGGCCUUGACCCAUGUUGUUCAACCCGGGGACUGUAUUACAUUGGUUGUGGUUGUCCCUUCGCAAAGUUCCGGAAGAAAAAUAUGGGUUUUCCCCAGAUUUACUGGGGACUGUGCCGGUGGUCACAGGAAAUCUCAUUCUAUGUCAAGUUCAGAGCAGAACUGUGACAUUACAGAUUCUUUCUCCCAAAUGAUCCUUCAACUUCAUGAUGUUUAUAAUCCGAAUAAGAUAAAUGUCACGAUAAAAAUUGUUUCUGGAUCACCUUGCGGUGCAGUGGCUGCAGAGGCCAAAAGAGCUCAAGCCAGUUGGGUUGUACUAGACAAACAGCUCAAGCAUGAGGAAAAACGAUGCAUGGAAGAGUUGCAGUGCAACAUUGUGGUUAUGAAGCGUUCCCAGCCAAAAGUACUUCGCUUGAAUUUGGUUGGAUCACUUAAGAAACAGCCUGAAAUAGCCCGUCCUUCACCUUCUGAGCUAGAUGAAGCAUCUAAAAAACAUUCUAAAAGGAAGAAUGAUUCCUUAAAUUCUAUUCGAGGGCCAUUCGUGACUCCAACUAGUAGUCCAGAGCUAGGGACACCUUUUACAGCCACUGAAGCUGGAGCUUCAUCAGUUUCAAGCUCAGAUCCAGGAACUUCACCAUUUUUCAUCUCAGCAAUGAAUGGAGAUCUUAAUAAAGAUGAUUCACUAGUCAUUAAACAAAACCAAGAUCCCAGUGAUACCAAUUCAGACACAGACAGUGACCAUUUAUCUUCCUCUUCAUCAAGUUUAAGGUUCCAGCCGUGGAUGGCUGAAUUUCUAAGUUCUAAUCUUCAACCAUCACAACACAUAGAUGGAAGCUCAAAGAGACAUAUUGAUGAGCCUCAAACAUCAAAAUCCAAAGCUUUAAUAGAGAAGUUCGCAAAACUUGAUGGAGAAGCUGAAAUUGGAAUGCUGAACUAUGGAACUGACAUAGACUUCAGUGGAAAUGUGAGAGAAGCAGUAUCCUUAUCAAGAAAUGCGCCUCUUGGCCCCCCUCCAUUGUGUUCUAUAUGUCAACACAAGGCACCUGUGUUUGGAAAACCUCCAAGGUGGUUUAGCUAUGCUGAACUGGAGCUUGCUACCGGUGGAUUUUCACAAGCCAAUUUCUUGGCAGAAGGAGGUUUUGGAUCUGUUCAUAGAGGUGUAUUACCUGAUGGCCAGGCAGUUGCUGUCAAGCAACACAAAUUGGCUAGUUCUCAGGGGGAUCUUGAAUUUUGCUCAGAAGUAGAAGUUCUGAGCUGUGCUCAGCACCGAAAUGUUGUCAUGCUAAUUGGGUUCUGUAUUGAGGACAGAAGAAGGUUGCUGGUAUAUGAAUAUAUAUGCAAUGGGUCACUGGAUUCUCAUCUAUAUGGACGGCAUCAAGAUCCAUUAGAAUGGUCUGCACGGCACAAAAUUGCUGUGGGAGCUGCUCGGGGGCUACGGUAUCUUCAUGAAGAAUGCAGGGUGGGCUGCAUUGUUCACCGUGACAUGCGGCCAAACAACAUCCUCAUCACCCAUGAUUUUGAACCACUGGUUGGGGAUUUUGGCCUGGCAAGGUGGCAGCCUGAUGGAGACAUGGGUGUGGAAACUCGAGUAAUUGGAACAUUUGGGUACUUGGCUCCAGAAUAUGCAGAAAGUGGCCAAAUCACAGAAAAAGCCGAUGUUUACUCUUUUGGAGUUGUAUUGGUGGAACUUGUUACAGGAAGAAAAGCAGUGGACCUCUACCGUCCCAAGGGCCAGCAGUGUCUAACGGAAUGGGCACGCCCAUUGUUGGAUGAAUAUGCCAUUGAGGAACUUAUUGAUCCACAAUUGGGGAAUCGAUAUUCAGAAAAUGAGGUGUAUUGCAUGCUGCAUGCUGCAUCUUUAUGCAUACGGAGGGAUCCUUAUUCUAGGCCUCGCAUGUCACAGGUGCUCCGCAUAUUGGAAGGUGACAUGGUCAUGGACCCUAGUUACAUGUCAACACCUGGAUAUGAUGUAGGAAACAGGAGUGGUCGGAUUUUUGCAGAGCAACAACAACAAUAUAGCGGUCACCUAACGAAAGAGCUAGAGGCAAUAGAAGGGCUUAGCGGGAAGCUGUCUCUUGAUAGUCCAAGGCCACCUUGUUGGGAGAGGAAUAAGGCAAGAAGGACUUCAUGUGAUCAUUCGUAAACAACCUCACCCCUUCAUAACUAUUGCCAAGUAAUGGCACGCCAAAUUAUGUUGAUCUCUCUUCUCCUUCUCCUCUCUUAAUUUCUUUGUUUCUUAAUCUUCUGUUUCUGUUUAGUAUUUUCUUCUCCCGUUUAUAUUUUGGUUAUGUACAGAAGGGGUAGUAGGGAAUGUAGCAAGGUCUUGUAAUUCUUUUGGAAAUGGAGAAAAUGGUCUGAAAUGGCCGCGUUCAAACUUCGGUGAAUGAAUAUGGGGUUUUGCUUUACAUCAGCCA